GUCGUGUGGAAGAAGCCUGUGUAUAAAUCAGCUGAUUAUUUUGUUACAAUUCCUUCAGCAGUGAAAAAUUGCAAAUAUGUCAUCGCCGGCGCCAAAAUCUCCAGAACAAACGGAUAAAAGCAGGAAAUAUGACCGACAAAUCCGUUUAUGGGGAGAACAUGGUCAGAGUUUGCUUGAGAGCUCCACAAUUUGCUUGUUGAAUGCAACGGCUCUAGGGUGUGAAGUUCUUAAAAGUCUCGUUUUGCCGGGCAUAGGAGGUUUUAGUAUUGUUGAUGGUAACGUUGUGACAGAGGAUGACUUGGGAAUAAACUUCUUCUUGGAUGCCUCUUUUAUCGGCCAGUCAAAAGCUAGAGCAUGUAUGCAAUUGCUUCAAGAAUUAAACACUGAUGUCAACGGCGAUUUCGUGGAUGAAAGCGUUGAUUGGAUAUUAUCGAAUAGACCUGCAUUUUUUGAUACGUUUGAUGUAGUAGUAGCUUCAAAUCUCAAUGAGAAGACCUUAUUAGGAUUAUCGGAACGUCUAUGGGAAGCAAACAUUCCGUUUAUUUAUUGCCGUUCAUUGGGAUUUUUCGGAUCUAUACGUUUACAAAUAAAAGAACACUGUGUGAUUGAAUCACAUCCUGAUAAUCGACAGUACGACCUUCGGUUAGAGCAACCGUUUCCUGCAUUGAAGAAGCAUUUCGAGAAUACAGAAGUCACUAGCAAAGUACCAUGGCUGUUGGUGCUAAAUAAAUUCUUACAGUUAUGGAAGGAGACAAAUGGCCACGUUCCAAAUAAUUUUAAACAAAAAACCAAACUGCGGGAAAUGAUUCGAGCUGCAAUGACUGCCGAUGAAGAAAACUACGAGGAAGCUAUAAAAGCAGUAAAUACAGCCCUAGGUGGUGGCAAUGUGUCUGCUUCAAUCAAAGCUAUUUUUGAGGAAAAUGCGUGCACAAAUCUUAACAAGCAGAGCAACCCAUUCUGGAUUAUGGUUAAAGCUUUGAAAGAAUUUGUAGAAAACGAUAACAACGGAUUAUUACCAUUGCCAGGAGUGCUACCGGAUAUGACAGCGGAUACAGAACCUUAUAUAACUUUACAGAACAUUUAUCGUCAACAGGCAUUAAAUGAUGCAGACAACGUAUACCGUAAAUGCCAAAAAUAUUUAAAAGAGCUAGGACUGCCCGAAGAUACAAUUAGCGAAAAGACGGCCCGCCUAUUUUGUCGGGAAGCAGCCGGCCUGGCCGUCAUGCGUGGUACAAAAAUUUCCGAUGAGAACGCGAAAAGCAGCAACGUACUUUCAAUCGUUGAUGAUCUAGAGAUUCAAGGCACACUUAGCGAGCUUUAUGUAGCUUUGCGUGCAUAUGAACGCUUUGUGUCUGAAUGUGGUAAUGUGCCCGGAGAGUGUUAUGUUGAGAACGAUGUAAAAGAGCUUAAAACAGUGGCCAGUAAAAUGCUUUCAGAUUGGGGCGUUCACGCAUCGAUUAGCGAUGACUUAAUACAUGAAAUUUGUCGUUUCGGCGGCUCGGAGAUACAUUCAAUUUCGGCUUUUGUUGGCGGUUGUGUGGCCCAAGAGGUGAUCAAAAUUGUAACCAAACAAUACAAACCUAUCGACAACAGUUUCCUUUACAACGCUAUUACAUCUGAAACAGCAACGCUUAAGUUAUAACUAUGUAUGUACAUUAUUUUGUAUAUUUCGUCGGAAUUUUUAAGAGAAAUAUACAUAUAUGAGUAAUGUGA